UCCCCUCCCUCCCUCCCUCCUUGUGUUCCCGUUCCAAAUGGCGCCUGCCCAAGAACUGCCGCCGGAGACGGAGGCCGUGCAGCUCGGGGACGCCGCCGAGAAGUCCAGGGUCACCGUCGUCGGCAGCGGCAACUGGGGCAGCGUCGCCGCCAAGCUCAUUGCGUCCAACACCCUCAGGCUCCCUUCCUUUCACGAUGAAGUGAGGAUGUGGGUAUUUGAGGAGAUUUUGCCGAGUGGGGAGAAACUCACCGAUGUCAUCAACAGUACCAAUGAAAAUGUUAAGUAUCUCCCCGGAAUUAAGCUUGGCAACAAUGUCGUUGCAGACCCAGACCUCGAAAACGCAGUAAAGGAUGCAAACAUGUUGGUGUUCGUGACCCCGCAUCAAUUUGUGGAGGGGAUAUGCAAGAGGCUUGUUGGGAAGGUGAAGGAGGGUGUGGAGGCUAUUUCGCUCAUCAAGGGGAUGGAGGUCAAAAUGGAAGGGCCAUGCAUGAUCUCGAGUCUGAUCUCGGAGCAGCUUGGGAUCAACUGCUGUGUUCUUAUGGGAGCCAACAUUGCGAAUGAGAUUGCUGUGGAAAAGUUCAGCGAAGCAACAGUGGGAUAUAGAGAGAACAGAGAGAUUGCAGAGAAGUGGGUUAAACUUUUUAGCACUCCAUACUUCAUGGUCUCACCUGUCCAAGAUGUGGAAGGUGUUGAAUUAUGUGGGACACUGAAGAAUGUUGUGGCAAUAGCAGCAGGUUUUGUAGACGGUUUGGAGAUGGGAAACAACACAAAGGCUGCAAUAAUGAGGAUUGGUCUAAGAGAGAUGAAGGCCUUUUCGAAACUUUUGUUUCCAUCCGUCAAGGAUACCACCUUCUUCGAGAGCUGUGGCGUGGCUGAUCUCAUUACAACUUGUUUGGGAGGAAGGAACAGGAAAGUCGCAGAGGCUUUUGCCAAGAAUGGGGGGAAAAGGUCUUUCGAUGAGCUUGAAGCAGAGAUGCUGCAGGGACAGAAAUUACAGGGCGUGUCCACAGCAAGAGAGCUUUACGAGGUUCUGAGCCACCGUGGGUGGCUAGAGCUGUUCCCACUGUUCGCAACAGUGCAUGAGAUAAGCAGCGGGCGUCUCCUGCCAUCGGCCAUCGUCGAGUACAGUGAGCACAAGCCUAACUUUUCCCUGGUACAAGGCUCUGCUCAGUAUUACUAACUCCUUCCAGAGAGUAAUUUGGUUAUAUCAUAUGCAGAUAGGUGAUAUACCAGAGAGAGAGGGAGAGAGAGAGGGAGAGAGAGAGAGAGAGAAUCCAUGAGCAGCGUCUUAGGAAAAAAGCUUCAGUUUCUGCUGAAGGCACACAGAUGAUGAUGACAUAUGAAGAAUCAAACUACUAUGUACCCUUUUCCUUUUCUUUUCGUUUCGUUUUUCCCCCUUUUUGACCCUUUUUGGGAUUCUCCUCUUCAAUGCAAAAGAUGCAUUUACACAUGGUACAACAAGGAGAAAAAGAAAGUGGAAUACGAAUUACACGAGAGUUAUCAGUUGAAA